AUGGCGAUCCCCGGGUCGUGGGACCUUAUCCCAACCACGUGCGCCGCCGCGGGAGGCGGGAGGCAGGAGGCGAGGCGCGAGCCGCGGGGUCCUAGAGCGGCCCGGAAGUGCCUCGGCCCCGAGCGCCCCCCGCGGCGGGCGGCCCCCUCGGCGCGGCGCCGUGUCCCGGCCGGCGCGCUCCCGCUGACGCCGCUCCGGCGCCCUCCGUCUCGCCGCCGCGUCCAGUCCAGCUCGCCCGUCCCCAGCUUCCCAUCCGCUCCGGACCGAUCCCCGUCCCUCCCCGGAUCCCCGUUCGUCCGGGAUCCCUAUCCGCCCUGGAUCCCAUUCCCUGGACGUCCGCCCGGCGCCUGUCCAGCUGGAAGCCAGCUGCGGGGCCGCACUUCCAGGCGAUGGCGAGGCGCGCAGGCCCGCUGGGUCCCAGCGCUGCCGGGCAGCGAGCAGACCACUGCCCCGCGGGCCUCUGUGCGCCCCGAGGACUGUCCUCAGAGAGGGUUUGCCCUCAGGCAACCUCACGCGUGCUUGUUACCAAACCUCCGAGGGAGGGAGCCUCCGAAGGUGUUUCUGAAACACGACUCCAGCUGGAGGGUGCUUCGUAAACUGUUCAAAGUCAAGAUGAAUACAGACUCUAAGGAGGUUUUGCCCAUGGAUGUGCAAGCUCCUGAGGUUUGGGAAGAACUGACAGUGAAGGUGGAGACAGAAAGUCACCUCUGGAUGCAGGCAUCCAGACUGAAACGUAGCAGUCCCCUGGCAAGGGAAGUCUUCCAAAGGCGCUUUCGACAGCUGUGCUACCAGGAGACCCCUGGGCCCAGGGAGGCCCUCACCCAUCUCUGGGAGCUGUGCCGCCAGUGGCUGAGCCCAGAAACACGCACCAAGGAGCAGAUCCAGAAGCUGCUGGUGCUGGAGCAGUUCCUGACCAUCCUGCCCGCCGAGCUCCAGGCCCGGGUGUGGGAGCACCAUCUGGAGAGCGGGGAAGAGGCUGUGAUUUUGCUGGAGGAUCUGGAGAAAGAGCUCGAUGAACCACAACUUGAGAUGGCAGCCUACAGACAGGGAUGAGAAGUCUGCUCUAGAGAGAUAGUGCCUGAAGGCGAGCAGACGUCACUGAGCCUUCAGCCCCAGCCUGAGGAGCCCCAGCUCACACGUGACACUUCCCAAGAGUCCCACCCUACUGGAGAGACAGGAAGUCCGCGCAGAAGUGCAGUACUGAUCCCUUCUGUGGUCUGUUUCUUCUCUGCGGACACAUUUCUGUUUUCCACACCUGUUGUCCUCCCCCAGCUGAAAGGAGGAGGAGCACCGUGGUCUGACGGCGGAGGAGCCCUGGGAGGCACCUGUACAGGUGUGUGAGCGACAGUACAGUCAGAUGUGGCAGAAAGAGCCUGAUGUUUUGGUAAAAAGACGGGGGUUAGGGGGUGUUUUCUUGGGACUUUGCUGGGUUGCGAGGUGGAAAUCUGUUGUUUCACAAGGUCCUUGGGAGCUUCCCAGGUGUCACGUGAGGCUGCCCCUUAUUUUGGGGGGCAGGGAGAGACCAGAGAAAGAGGGUAGGGGGCAGUUUUAAGAAGCAAAGGAGGCUUACCUGUGAGGCUUGUUCCGGGCGCAGCAAAAUGUGUAGGUCUCGGCACCUGCCCACAGAGCUUACAGCUUUACGUAGGGGCCUUACCAGGCUGCAGUCACGCGUGCAGCCCAGGUGCCCUGUUUCCCGUCACGCUCGCUGUCCUUGGAGCAGCUUCUGGGAGCAGGGCAGUCAGCGAGAGCUCACGUCGCAAGGACAGAGGAGGGGGUGAGGAGCCUCCACUGUCGGCAUCCAGCUUGUGGGUCAGUUGUUCUUGGCUUCUCGACGGCUGCCCCCAGCAUUCGUGCUCGGGGCACCUGAGACGUCGAGGAUUCUACUGGACUGCGCUCUAGUGUCUACACAGUUUGGGUUUCUGUGUCUCUGUUUUCCGGCCUUCAGACCCUUCAAGUCCUAUCGGGUUGUUGGACGAGUGUCCAGGGGGGCCAGUUCCAUCGGGCACUGUGUGCCUUCUGUGCCCAUCCCUGGGCCAGUUGUUUGAGACCAGAGCCGCAGAAUUGGUUUCAGUCCUUUGUCUUUUAUUCAUUUGACAAAUGUUUAUUCAACAACUGCCAUGUGCCAGCUGUGACCCAAGGAAUAAAACAGAAAGAUCCUGUCAGAGGGAGAAAAACUACCUAAAGCACAGAUUCCACGGAGCACCAGCCUGAGCCAGGCCAUCCAUUUCCCUCGCGCUGUCAUGGAAGGUUCUGCUUCUGAGAAGCCCAAGAUGAAUUUCCACAUCAUUGUAGGCUUGAAGAUACACUCUGGGAUCAUUUGGUAGAAAUGUUAGUGUGAAAUACAGAAACGGUCUGAGGAUUCGCUGUUGCCGGGUACAUUGUUGUCACUGACUGCCAUGUCCUGAGUGAGUUCAGGUUUAAGAAUUCA